GAUGCGUCCGCUUCAACCUUACGCACGAAAGCGAAAAGUUUUUCAAACUUAAACGAUAUCAAAGCAACUAUUAGAAUUUUUAGGAAGAAAAUGUAUUCAAAUCGGUAGAUAAGUAAGUGAAAAUACAUUUACGUGUAAAAUUACUGUGUCUGGUAUGCGCAGACGAUACUUUUCUCCUUCAAAGAAGGAAAAGAAAAUCCAGAGACUGGAAUGAAGUAAUUAAAGUGAAAACUUUCAUAAUCUCUUGUGUUAAAAAAUCCGCUAAAACUUAUAAAUUCGUUGUAUUUUUUUAAAAGCAGUUAAUGCAUUUAAUUAGUUUUCUAAUCAUUAAAUUCAAAUUAUCAAACAAUUUUAAAAAUCAUAAGCAUGGUUAUUUGUCUUUGAUUCUUUUAAUACUAUUUUAAAAAUAUAAAGUAUUUGAGGCACAACAAUAAAAUAUAGAUAUAUAUUUCAUUUAAUGCUACUUGUACUACUAAUUUGCUACGUCCACGUAUUCUUUAAAUUCAUUGUUGCGGAAUAAAAUAUGAAACUUAUGCUUGGAAACCAAUUUUGGCCUCUCGAACUUGGCUCUAAAACACGCUUUAUGAGCAAAUAUUUCCGUACUGCUAUUUUGAGAAAUUUGUGCAUUUUAGAAGGCUCGCAACGUGUGGAUGCUACUGAUGAAGCUUCUAAUUUCUGAAGGUUCAAAAGAUUUACAAAACUUCUUGGCAUCUACUUUUCAUCAGCAAAGCUAGAUAUUUUGUUCCUCACAUUCCUGCUUCAAUGAAAAAAUCUGAUAGCAAACUAAUUUAAAGGCUGAGAAAUGCCCGGUCAUUCCAGUGGUGUUUCGAAGUGCUCCAAAUGUCGAAGAUACUGUCGCCUCAUUGCAACUUUCUUGUUCUCACACAUUGGCCUCUGUGCGCUUGUAGUAGGCUAUAGUAUCAUCGGAGCUUUCACAUUCGAAGCUCUCGAAGCUGGACAUGAGAAAACUAAGCGGCAACUCAUGUUGAAAGAAAGAGAAAAUGUCGUUAUAAAUCUUUGGGCACUUACAUCGAAAAGCAAUGUGCUGUCCGAGCAUAACUGGACAACACUGGCCACUGAAACGUUACAGGAUUUCGAGAUAACUCUAGUAAAGGCUGUGAGAAAAGAAGGAUACGAUGGAAAGGACGAGAGCCCGCUCCAGUGGACUUUCUCAGGGGCUUUACUGUACUCUAUUAUUGUAAUUACGACUAUUGGUGAGUGCCUGAAUCUUUUUAUUUCCUUAUUUUUAAAUAUUUAA